CUCAAACGUUCUCUUUUUCUUCCACUCUUUCCCCGCCGUCGAUGAUCAUCCGAUAAACCGAAUCCCAUAAGCCCCGUCAUCUCUCUCUACAACUAAUCUCCUCCUUAUUCCGGCGAUUUUCCGAUGGAACCGAACGGCAAGAACGCCGGAGCAGUGCCACUGACACCGUCGAAGUCAAAGCUUUCCAGCAAGUCAAAGCAACCAGAGAAUGUAAACCCUAACGUUACUAGCCCUAAUCCGAAGGCCUUGCAUUCUCCAUCAGUAAAAUCUGCGACUAAAGUCCAGAAAUCGGCGAUGAAGAAACCUAAUCAGAUCUCUUCGCCUUCUCCCAAGAACAAGAUUCGGGAGAGGAAGUUUGUGGUGGCGAAGAAGAAUUCGAAGAGAGACAAGGAUAAAACCCUGAUUUCAGUCGAUUGUAAGUGUAAGGCUAGUGGUAAUUCGGACAAAUGUUUGUGUGUUGCUUAUGAGACUCUUAGGGCUUCUCAGGAAGGGUUUUUCAAUCGGAGUGAAGUUGCUGUACAAGAAGAAAGCCCUAGUUUACCGGUAGGUCUUCAAGGAAAAUCCGAAGAAGAUGACGUUUUUGAGACGUCCGGUGAUAAGAGGAGAAGGGAGAAACUGUUGGAUGAAGCAAGAAAGAGUAUUCCUGAACCUGGAUCUGGUAGAGUUUUGCAUUUGGUCAAGGCCUUCGAGAAUAUUCUCACGUUACCAGAUUCAAAUGAGGAUGAACUCGAAGAUCAGACAAACAGCAAUCCUGAGAGACGAUUCUCUUCCACUUCAUUCAACCCAUCUGAUCUCUUACUCACUGCAGAAAAUCUAGGGUUGCGUUCUUCACUUGAUGGCAGCCAUGGCAGCACAUCAAACAGGAUUUCAGGAGGUGGUCGUCAAAGCAGAAGAAACAGUUCUGAUUCAUCAUCUUCAAGUGUUGGGGGCAGCAGAUGGAAAAGACGAACACUCAAGGCUACCUCCCAGCGACCUUUCAAGCUCAAAACAGAGCAAAGAGGAAGAACAAAACAAGAAGAAUUCAUGAAGAAAGUCCAGGAGAUGAUAAUUCAACAACAAAAGCAACGGAUUCCCAUUGCUCAAGGCCUCCCAUUUACUACAGAUGAACCAGAAUGUCUGGUGAAACCACCUGUGAAAGAAAGUACAAAACCCAUUGAUCUUGUGUUGCAUAGUGAUGUGAGGGCAGUUGAGCGUGCUGAGUUUGAUCAUCAUGUGCAUGAAAAGCUCUCUUAUAUUGAGCAAUAUAAGCUGGAAAGAGAAAAGCAGCAAAAGUUGGAAGAAGAGGAAGAAUUAAAGAGGUUAAGGAAGGAACUUGUACCAAAGGCUCAACCUAUGCCUUACUUUGAUAGACCUUUCAUCCCAAGAAGGUCAGAAAAGCAACCAACAAUACCAAAAGAACCAAAGUUUCAUGAUCACCCUCAUCAUAAGAAGAUAAAGUGUUGCAUGUCUUGGAGUGAUAUGCAUGUUCAAUGCCAGCAGAGGUGACUUGUUGGAGUUUUUUUCAAGGGAAUGAUGGUGGAUAAGAAGGGUAAUUUCGUCAAUUGCUUGCCAAAACAAUAAUAUUCUUUUCUUUUUGAUUUGUGUAAAUGGUGCAAUUAAUCUGGUUGCAGUUUUGGUUGAACAAUAUUUGAUUUGUUUACAAAGGGUACACGAAUGUGUCAUUUUCUAAUGAAUUCCUUUCUAUAAUGAUGUGAUAUGUGGUUGGGUAGAG